AUGUCUGAAAAGCUGAUUAAGUGGCAUAAUAAACUUAUUCAGCAGAUUGAAGAUCAUGUAGUCGAGCAAAGCAAACUUCUUGAUCAAUAUGUUGAAAAUGAAAAACAUCAUAUCGACGCCAGAUGUAAGCAAUUGCUUGUAGAUGUUGCUUUGCAAGAUAAGAAAAAUAACAAAGAACAAAUAAAACGAUUAGUUGCUGAAUGUAAAACUUUGCAAUUCGACUUGGCGAAGCUUCAUCGAUAUGAUCACUCAACUAAGUUUAUACGAUUUACGAUAAAAGAACCACCAGUAGAGGAACAACAAGAUAACGAAAAUGUACGUAAAUCGAGAAGAAGUCAAUCUCAACGAAGAAAAGUCACUGAUAAUAGAAUGAAUGAUAUUCAUAACUCGAGAAAUGAUACGCCUCAAAAUUCAUUGGCAGAACUAUCAUAUAUGAGUUUUAAACAUCCACGUUUAAAACCAUCGAGACAUGUAACUUUGCCUGAAAUUAAACAUGCAACAACUGAUAUUAAAAGUUCCAAUAGUGACACCGUACAUCGAGGUGAUGCAAUCGAUAGGUGCCCUUUAUGUUUUAUGAUAUUUCCACAAAGAAUGAAACAGCUAGAUCGCGAAGAGCACGUUAAUGCCCAUUACGUUUAA